UUGGAGAGCUUGGAUGACAUUAAGCAGAAAAACAGCAGUGCAAAAAAAUUAUUUUUUUUCUAGGCGUGAGAGAUUGCACAUCCAGAGGGACUCAUUUUUUUUCACUGCAUGUCUGAUGUGGUAACAACAAUAACUUUAUUCACCAAGAUUAAACAAACAGCAUGCCUCUGUUUAUUUUGAGAUGGACUCUGCUUUUUGCAUUAAUGGUUGGAGCUGUCAACACCUGUAUGCUGAUGAAUCACACCAUAUGGAUUGAGAAGAAAAACUGCACCCAGUGUGUGGCAGUCAACACAACCAUAUGCAGUGGCUACUGCUACACGAGCGAUACCAAUCUGAAGGGCAGAUUUGGCAGGGGUUUUCUGAUUCAGCGGAGCUGUGUGCCCAUCUCCCUUGUGUACCGGGCUGUCUUCAUUCCCGGCUGUCCUCAGGAUGUCAGCUCACAGUUGUAUUAUCCCGCGGCCCGCUGCUGCAGCUGCAGGCGCUGUGACACGCGCACGCACCACUGUGUCCAACCGAGGCCGUACUCUUACGAUCAGUGCUCCGUGGAACUUGGUGGAAUGGAGAAGCAGAAUCUGGUUUUGGAAACCUGACAACAUGCUCGUAAAAGCAAUGCACCUACAUGUCAAAUGGCAGUUGACCAGCUGAAUGAGUAGUAUUUGUACUAGGUGGCUUUAAUAUUUUCUGUAGUUUGAUUGGAAACGGAUACAUCAAUGAAUAUCAAUAGAUUGCAUUGUGUAUGCACAUUAAUAAAUAAUUGUA